GCACCCGCCCCCUCUUUUUGGCCAUGCUUCGUAAUAUGAAAACCCCCGCGCGGGCCGCGCGGCGCUUGGCCACGUCUGCGGACGCGGCCGCCGUGCCCAACCGCGUGCACGGCGGCUUGAAGGACCAGGACCGCAUCUUCCAGAACGUCUACGGCACGUACGGCCACACGUUGAAGGCCGCGCAGAAAAUGGGCGACUGGCACAAAACCAAGGAGAUCAUCCUCAAGGGCGACAAGUGGAUCAUCGACGAGAUGAAGAAGUCCGGGUUGCGCGGGCGCGGAGGCGCCGGGUUCCCGUCCGGGCUCAAGUGGUCGUUCAUGAACCCGCCCGGGUGGGACAAAAACCCCGGCCCGCGGUACUUGGUGGUCAACGCGGACGAGGGCGAGCCGGGCACGUGCAAGGACCGCGAGAUCAUCCGCAAAGACCCGCACAAGUUGGUGGAGGGCUGUCUUUUGGCGGGCCGCGGCAUGAACGCCACGGCCGCGUACAUCUACAUCCGUGGAGAGUUCUACAACGAGACGGUGGUGUUGCAGGAGGCCAUCAACGACGCGUACAAGGCCGGGCUUCUCGGCAAGAACGCGUGCGGCUCCGGCUACGACUUCGACGUGUACAUCCACCGCGGCAUGGGCGCGUACAUCUGCGGCGAGGAGACCGCGUUGAUCGAGUCCAUCGAGGGCAAGGCCGGCAAGCCGCGGUUGAAGCCGCCGUUCCCCGCCGGCGUGGGUCUUUUCGGGCGCCCCACGACCGUGGCCAACGUCGAGACCGUGGCCGUGGCGCCCACGAUCUUGAGGCGCGGCGGCGACUGGUUUGCCGGCUUCGGGCGCGAGCGCAACGCGGGCGUCAAGUUGUUCUGCAUCUCGGGGCACGUCAACGAGCCCUGCACCGUGGAGGAGGAGAUGUCCAUCCCCUUGAAGGAGUUGUUGGAGAAGCACUGCGGCGGCGUCAAGGGCGGCUGGGACAACUUGUUGGGCGUGAUCCCGGGCGGCUGCUCCGUGCCCAUCAUGCCCAAGGACGUGUGCGACAACGUGUUGAUGGACUACGACGCGUUGAAGGACGUGGGCUCGGGCUUGGGCACGGCCGCGGUCAUUGUCAUGAACAAGCAGACGGACAUCAUCCGCGCCAUCCAGCGCUUCUCGGCCUUCUACAAGCACGAGUCGUGCGGCCAGUGCACGCCGUGCCGCGAGGGCACCACGUGGUUGCUGAGCAUGAUGGCGCGCUUCGUCAAGGGCCAGGCCACGGAGAAGGAGAUCGACAUGAUCUUCGAGUUGACCAAGGAGAUCGAGGGCCACACCAUCUGCGCGUUGGGCGACGCCGCCGCGUGGCCGGUGCAGGGCUUGAUCAAGUCCUUCCGCCCCGUCAUGGUCGACCGCAUCAACCAGUACAAGCAAGCCCACCAGCCCGUGGCGCCCGGCGGAUGGACGGCGGCCGGCAAGGUCAAGGAGGGCGUGGUGGUCGACAACCCGCUCCCGGUCGCCCACCACUAGACGCUUCCUGCCGUCGACCCCGGAUUUCGCGUGCCGCCAGGCACUGUUUAUUCGCCUGCAUUUAAUACACACCACCGCUACUGACCUCCGUGAUGUAGGCCGUGGCCUUGUAGACGGGCGGGGGCUCCCAUGCUGGGCUCUCUGUGCGGCCAGCCCCGUAGAUCCAUUGCGCUGUCGCAGGGUUGUGCCUGUGGUGUCUGCAAGGACGGCGGACUCCUUUGCUGGGGAUGUCCGGCUGGAGAUACUUUAACAGAAUAGAUUGAAAAAGGGUGUACAGAUAUAAAUUAGUUUCCGAGUUUAAUAGAUACUAA